AAUCUAUUUUCUCGACACUCAUUCAGUGAAUAAUGAAACUAACAGGCUGAUGCACGGUGUGUCUGGUAUAACGAAUACAAGGCCUAGGCCAAUGGAAUCUCGCUUUCUUCCCGGUCGCAAGGUUACGGGGGAUGUGAUUGGCGCGCGGGAAAGUCGCUCCGCCCACCGCGUGAGCGCCAGGGGUCUCGUGUGUAGCGUACGCUGAGUGUGAAUGUUACGGUGGUGGAGGGAGGAUCUCCUGGCCUCUCGCUGUGUUUCUCAAACGUCUGUGAGUCAGUGCCUCGGUAUUGUGUAGUGUUGGAUGUGUGGUGUGGUGGGUGUUAGUGGUGGUGGAGGCAGUGGAGACCCCUGGCGGGUCACAGGAGUGUAACAACGGCCAGAACAAAACUGCCUUACAAUCAUGGAUGUAUUACCCAACGGCGGCAUCUUCAAGGAGCUGCAGUUAGUGCAUGACACUGGCUACUUCUCCUCGGCAUGCAGCCUAGAGGAGCACUGGCAGCAGCAGGAGAGAAGCCGUACCGGUGUUCCUGGGAGGGCUGCGAGUGGCGGUUCGCGAGGUCCGACGAACUCACGCGGCACUUCCGUAAACACACAGGUGCAAAACCCUUCAAGUGCCACCACUGCGGCCGCUGCUUCUCACGCUCAGACCACCUCGCUCUCCACAUGAAGAGGCACCAGUGAGGUCGGGCAGCAUCCUCCGGCGAGGGUGAGGUGCCUCUGAGAGGACGCAUUCCUCCUCAUCUGUGACCUGAGCUUGACCUCUGACCUUCCGCAGUCUCGGGUGACCAAGUUAAAUUCGACUAGUACAAGAGGUACUCAAGGACUGACAGACUUGGAAUACGUCAGUCUUGCUUCCCGACUCCCGCGACCCGUGAAGCAAGAAGACUACAGUGAAGUGAAGUGUGGAAGGCGGCCUCGAGGUCGGGUACGAGCGACAACGUUGAUCUAAAUCUGAGGAAACAUGGAAGGUUUUCGAGCAAUCCAGAUUUCAUUAUGUACAGAUAUAUCCUUUCGGAGAUGAGGUUAUGUUUUCAGUGGAUGUGUGUAAAAAGAAAUUCUAUGGUAAUGUAUCACGAGUAUUAUGGAGUAGGUCUGGACGCUAGGAUUAUCAUAAUCCUAAAAAAAGGACAUGAUAACAUGCGACUAAAAAUGGGAAAGAAUGGCCCCAAAACUCGUGUUAUUUUGUGUACAGUGUAGAAUAUAAGUUUUUUUUUUAAUUAUUUUUAUUUUUUAUUUUUCGUCGCCCGCAUGUGGCGAACCUAUGUAAUGGAGAAUGACUAUGGACAAUGUGUUUCCGUAUUUGAGUGGUUGCCUUCAAAUAUACCAGUGAGUAUUUUACAUUGGUGUUGUUUAUUCUGCGAUUUAGAUAUAGUCCCAUAAAUGCUGAAGUAAACCAAAAAGAAACUUAAUUAACUGCUUUCAUUUCGUCUCUCAUUCGAAUUUCACGACAUAAAAGUAACCACAACCUUAAGUUGAAUAAUAAAAAAGGUAGAAUUUUAUCUUGAAAUGUACAAAACGUCUCCAUGUAUCAGUAAGGAUGCAUACUGUGUACUGUUGUAAUACUGAUGUCUAGCGCUGUACAUAAAACGUUAAUGUAAGGUUUCUGUACCACUGCCAUGUUAUUUGAGGCACGGAAUAACCACGCUGGUGACAACGGGCUUUCCAUGGCGGUCCUUCGCCGUCACCACCACCUCAACAAGCUAUUAACGUUCGAGUCCCGUAACUAGUAAAGGAACCGCGGCCCCGUCGACUCAAGUUUUGUGUGUAGUUCAGCAGUUUACUUGCUUCGAAACAUCCGAAGAAACUGUGGCUCUCGAACAGUCAGAUUCGACAGAGAACUUAUGUCUAUGGAUGUACGUAAGAUCAACCCCCCCUUUAAAAAGAACAAACCCAAUAUUGAUUUCCUUCGGAUGUGUAUCUCAAGUAUGCGCUUGACUACACCCGCGCCAGCUGAAAGUGUAUAACUGAUCAGUGAGAAGAAGUAAAAAGAAAGGGCGGUGAUUAUUUAAUAAGAUUUACGUGUCUCGAAGUUUUCCCACCAUGAAGACAAGCCAAGUAGCGCCGGCUGUUCGUGAAUAUCGCGAGAUCUUUCAUUGUAAUUCAACGUUCUGGCAACACUGUAUAGAAUUUGGCCUGAAAUACCUCACAGAAGACAUCAUCUAACGCACAAGAACUAGAAUGCGCCACAUGCAGGCAGAAAAGUGCUAGAUCCAAAUUAUUGACAACCAAAGAAGCGCCCGCGUGCACACACACACACACACACACACACACACACACACACACACACACACACACACACACACACACACACACACACACACACACACACACACACUCACACACUCUCACACUCACACUCACACUCACACUCACACUCACUCUCACUCUCACAGUCACUCACAGUCAGACCAUUGAACAAAUUACACGCAUGCACACGCAUUCUAUAGUUUAUGCUUUAAAACUGAUAAUGUUUCUGUUUCCGAUAAAUUUCCAGUUAGCAAGGAAAGUGAAUAUGUGUAAUAUAUGUUAACGGCAGUAAUCAAUCGAAAAAUGCGUUAAAGAAAUGACCUUCUCAUUGAAAGAAGUGUUACGAGUUACCGAGACGAAGAGUGGUAGUUUUUGGUUACCAGUCGACAUGUGUUAUCUUCACGACACCUCUUUUGCUGUUGUUGAAAAAAAAAUGGCAAAUGAAAAGUCAUAUUUUUUACACGUGUUUUAUUUUUGUAAUUAUAAAGUUAGGAUUUUAUUUGAGUUUUGUCAUUAUAUAAAAAGGAUUAUAUUUGAAGUUUGUAAUUAUAAAGAUAGGGUUUUAUUUCAUAUUUUAAGCAGCAGUAUCGAUACAUUCUUGGCUAAUUAAGUUAAAUAGUCUGAUCUGAAACGGUAAGACGAAUCUAUGCAUAUUUGAAAAAAAAAAAAAAAAUUGUGAAUAUAGUGGCAUUUUCAUAAAUAAUGUUCAAUAAGGGACGUUUAGAGCAAUAUAGUGCAAUUAAAAAUACUUCUUUUUAAUACUUUUGUAUUGUAUAUUUAUAUAUUAUAAAUAUGAAGCUCUGAAGUAUAUAUUUUUUUUUCUCUCUUUUUGAUUUUUUUUUUCAUACUUGAUUUUUGGUAACUCGUACAAGAAUGAUUAUUAGUAGAUCUUAUGUAUAAAAAAUACCUACGGAGAAGUAAUUCAGUAAAUAUGACUUGUUUCUUUAAGAAGCACAAUGAACAGAAAAUAAUCAACGUAUUCAAUGAUAUGUAUAUAGAUUUCUUGCUUCAAGCCAAAGCACAAUAAAAAACAGAGAAAAUAUAUAGUUAUAUAUAUAUGUAUCCAUUUGAGUUAGUCAAAUGAGAAUCUGUACGUGAUAAACAAACAAACAAAAAACAAUUAAGCCCGCGAAUACAGAAUCCCCAACCCAGCUAGAGAGAGAGAGAGAGAGAAACAAAACAAUAAAUCUAUCUAAACGAACAAGCAAUUAACCCGAAAAACGAUACAUUCUCAUCUCAAAAUAAUAAUUUAAAAAAACUGAAAUAAGAUGCCGGCGCUCACCAGCACAGCAUUCCAUACCCCGUGCCCGCCCAAAGUGCCCUUUAUGUAAUUUCAGAAUAUUUUAUGAGUCUCAAGGUCAUUCAUUCAGUCAAAUGGUUGCUAGUUUAACAAUAUUAUAGUAUGUCAUUUGUAAUUAUAUAAUAUUUAUUUGAUAUUUAGUACUUGAGUAGUACACACAAACAGUGGAAGCUACAUAUUAUGCGGACCUAUAUUACUAUAUAGAGAGAUGGGAAAUCCGUACUCUAUAGAGUUUAAAACAAAAAUAAAAAAAAACAAACAAAACAUGUAAUUAACAUAUUAAAAAAAACUUUAUUUUUGUAUUAUUUAAUGCCAUCAAUCCUGCAUAAACGGAAAAAAAAAAUAUAAAGAAAUACGGAAAAAUAAGUAACAUGAUUCCAGGAUCUUCAAAAUGACUUUGGACGCAAGAUAUAACAGAAUUUUACCCACUUCUAUGAUGGUGCUAAGUCUUCUUGUCAUACCUCAUUUCUGCUCCGUUGCCCCGGCGAGUGGGCAUCUCUCGAAAAUUUGCAAAUGAAUAUAUAUUGAAAAAUUAGCCGUGUAGCGUAUAAUGUUGACGUGAACAUACAAAGCUUAAUGAUUAUGAAACUGUUUUUUCCUUUCUUUUUUAAGUAAUUUCUGAAAUUUUAUUUAAUGUUUUUUUUUAUCUAUUGAAAUAUAUAUUACUUUUUUCUAAAUACUAUUUCAGUAUUCGUCAACUGGUGCACAGUAUAAAUAGAAUGACUAAUUAACCAAUGUUAUAUAACGACGUCGGGAUAAAGAAUAUAAAUGACAAGAACUAUGUUUUUAAAUGUAAUGGCACACCGAAGAAAACAAACAAGCAAACAAAAAAAACAAAGAAAACAUUGGUUCACUCGACAACUCGAAAAAAAACACGCGAAUCUCUCGUUUUUUUUUAUCAUGAAUCCAGAGCGAGAAAAGAUAACUGAAUAGCUUCCAGUGUUAAAACAGAAGAAAACGAGCCAACUCAUGGGAAAUGUAUUCAUGUGAUUACCAAGUACGUGGACCCUUGAGGAAAAACGUAUGUCUCUGAAUGGUCAUUGGCGAGGAAGGGAAGGACAGCGUAGAAGUCAGUCGAGGUAACUACCGCCUUAAAAUGAUGAAAAUAACAAAGAAAAAUAAAAGAACAUUGUGAAUUGGAAAUAAACGCACAUGUGAUAAUUCUUUCUCUAUCUAUUUAUUUCAAGUUUUCAAAGUGAAAAAUACAAAUUCUCGCAAGAGGUUAAAGUCAAAUAUAUCCUGAAAGAAAAAAACAAACAAGCAAAAACAACAACAACAAGUUUUGUGGUUAUCACGUGACUGUACUGCUGAUUGUGAGGCAAAGCUAAUGAAGGAGGUCUUACUAUAGCUGGCAAGGACCUGUGAAGUACUUGUAAAUCUUAGGACCCAAAGGGCAAAGUUCCAUCACUUUUACCAACACAUCACUUGCCAUUCUGUUCUUGUGGGUGCGUUCGUCAAUGGUGAACUGCUCAGAUACAUGAGACUCCAGUAUUUCAUACAAUGCAUCAAAUUUUUGGUAAGCAAAAAAACUAAAAAACAAAAAACAAAUCGUAUGUAUGUACCCAGUAUGCAAUUAUACUUCGUGCAUGAUAUGCAUGCUUUGAUAUCAAAUUUUCUUCAGGACUGAGCGUAGAAGUUGCCGUGCAAAGGCAGCUAUCUGAGCAUUCAUGCAUUGUGAACGCAACCACCAUCUUAGGUUUAACGGUCAUUUGCGCUGUGACGUAAGGUAAUUUCUGUGGGGCUGUGUAAGAAAAUGUCUCUCUGUAAUCCCCCCCUGACAAAUUAAGAUGUUUAUUCAGUUGUAGAUUAUGGAACCCCAAAGUCGAUUGUAGACAGCCGUUCUUUUCCACGGACGCCACAGAUCUAGGUGAUAGGUACGUAGCAUUUUAUUGAAUGUAAAUGAUUAACCCCAUGUCUUCAGGGGUAGCUUAAGCUUUAAUAAACACCAUAGCAUAUACAAGUUCUAUCCUAUCACUCCUUUAUAGUAUCAAUGUAGGUCAAAAUAGAGCAGUUGUAAUUAGCAGUCACACCUCGACACUUCAAGGAGUUUGGAAUUUUAGAGUAGCAGGUUAUGUAGAAUCAGUUAACUGUAUUUUGUUUUAUAAGAAGAGUAUAUUAUUUUUGCUAUGGAAAUUCAAAACUAUAUUAGUCUGUCCUCUGUUGAAUUUUAGUGUAAUUUAACUAUACCAGGAGUAUUUUCUUUAUAUUCCAAAUAUAGUCUAUAUUCGUUGUUAAUUUAGUGUUAAUGGAUUAGUUACCUAUGUCGAGGUUUCACUGUUGUAGUACCGGAGUCAUACUGUCAGGAUAUGGUAGGAAUCUUCAUAAAUAUUGUAGAUCAGAAUGUAUGUGAAAUCUUCCCAUAACUACGAAAUCACAUUAAAUGUACACAUUUUAAAAAAAGUCAAACGAGGCUAAGACCCACCAAAUAUCAUUAAAUUUUAGAUAUCUAUUAAUAAUAGACUCCCUAUUAGACACCCUAUCACAAUCUGUUAUUGAUAUAAGCGAAUGACAAUUGCUCAAUUCAUAGAUGAGACUUGUACAUGCUACAGUAGACCGAGGUGUGGAGGGGUUGAUAGUGUCCCAUCUUGCCCCUUCUGGUGUAGGCGACGCCCCACGCCAGCAGGGUGUAACUCGGAGGCUGGUACACCUCUCUUGCCUUCACUAGGGUGUAGACAGGGCUCUUGUCCUCUGCCCCCGAACCUGCACAUGUCUUGAACCUGACUCUCUCGCGAAGAAUAAUUCCAGCUUCUGUGGGGCAAAGCUGUGUUGCUACUGAACACCGCGUUAUGUAUGUUUCCUCAACAGGAAUAUAUAUGUGGCUUAAAUAUGUUUUGUUUUUUUUGUUUUUGUUUUUUUAUUUUUGUUUUGUUUUUUUGUUAGGAUGUCAAGCACAUGUAAUUAUUUUUUUAACCCUUGAAAAAAGUUCUUGGCUGUUGUUAUGUGUGUUUUUUAUUUUCUCGGAAAAAAAAUAAUAAAUUGAUGUCAUGUUAUUUCAUAGGCUAGUAUAAAACUGAAAAUCAAUGGAUGUGUUUAAAGGUGCCAUUUCCACAGCAGCUGGAACGUCGCUCUUUUCCCACUCUUAAGUGUGUGUACAUAAAGGUUCUUCUACUUUUAUUACCUUUUUCUACUAAAGAAAAACAGAAAGGAAUUUAUGUUUGUAUUUAAAAUGAAUUCUAAAAGAAACGUUUAUAAGUAGAUUCUCUUAGGUAACGUUCGCUAGGAGUAAGUAUAUAGGUGUAGUUCUCUGCAUUCUAAGAUAAUGUGUUUCUGUUUUGUUUGCCUAAUUUUAUUGUUAACCUUAUUUGGGAUGCUACAUCGAAAGGAGGAUACUGUGUCGAAUUCACUUAUUUUUUCAAAUGGGUACAAUGCUUAAAGAUAAUCCCUCAAGGUAAAGAAAAUGAGCAUGUUGUCUUUAUUCAUUUUAAAAUAGCCGCUUGUAAUGGCUUUUAAUUGGCUAUGAUUUUCCCUAAACUGUAAGGCGACAAUUGACAGGUUGUGUUAUAUCGUUCCCUGGCCUUUUCGCUUGUCCUUAACCGUACUGUAUAAAAUCUUAAACAUGUAAGAAUCAACUCAAGAAAAGUUCUUUCACACUCAUAAGCCCUAACGUGACUUAUGGAUGAACUGAUCACAUAGUGUAAACAAACUGUAAACUUAAGAAGUUGUGCUUCCCUCUCGCAUAUCACUCAAUAAUCACUCAUAAGUCAAGUCGCGUGAAAAAAAAAAGUUAAAAAAAACUGCUUCAUGUACUACUAACAUGCAUGGUGUUUAUAAUGAUAAGUGCCACUAAACUUGCAUUAUACGGUAGAACUCAGUGAUUUUUAGUUGUAGACGCAUUACUCAGACGUUUGACAUCUGAAAUCCAAAAGAUAAAAAGAAGUCUAGGUCAUCCGAAUCCCCAAAAGAUAAGGUCAGGUCAAAAUCGGUGACUUCGGAAGGGGCCGCAUGGUAACUAACACUCACUGGAGCUUGUCGUCUUACUUAAAAAAAAAGUAAUUUAAUCAAAUGCAAAAUGUUGGACGUCACUAGAAGGACGCCGAGAAAUGGAGUUUUGACAGUUCUGUGAUGUUUAGAGAUUGUUAAGAACCUCUUAGAGAAGAGUGAGGUGAUUAUAUCGCUUAAUACAGUUUAUACAUCAUAACCUGCAAAAUGUAUUGAAGUGACUGAUUAUAUGCUUUAUGAGAAUGUAAUCGCCUUACUCCAUAGAUUCUUUUUUUUUUUUGUAGAAAAUGUAGACUUAGACGUGUCAAGGGUCAUAUUUCUGGCCCGGAUUGACCUUAUUGAAAACCACUUUAUGUGUCCUUCUACUGAUGACUUAAGAUAUUCUGCAGGUGCUUUUCUCGCCUGGAUAAUUGAUCCGCAGGAGCUUGAAGUGAUCAAUUGGUUAUGAGUUUAAUUUGGCACCUCAAUGUGUGAGAGAUUUUCGAUUCCGAAAAAUGGUAAAACAAACACAUUCAAACAAUCCAAUUCGUGUACAUUUAUAGAAACUCAAAGGCUGAAAAGGGGAUCAUUACGACCAGUAUUAUCGCACUAAUUGCAUUUGAUAAGUGAAUUGCCAAAAAAAAAAAGAAAAACAAGAAAAAAAGUUUUCCGAUGUCAAAUUUAUUCUUGACCAACGGAUUAUAAGGUCCAGGUGUAGAUUUUCAGUGUUGAAUCCCAAGGAAAAUAAUAAAAAAAAACAACUUUACAAGUCUCCAGUUUGGCAAACACUAGGGACUCUAAGACUGAUGUUUGCAUGAGUGACAUAUGUGUGUACUGUGAGAAGUUACUCCCGUAUAGGCAGUGUCAUAGUCCAAAGUGACUUAAACCAAGCAUUGUUCCCAAACACUAUUUAAAGCUUAAUUAGAUGUUUGUUACUGAAAUUUUUUGAAAGAAGAUGCGCAAUGUAAAAUGUUUACAACCAAUGAAAAAUGCUGUGGUAAAGUGAUUACAUUGUAAUAAAAAAGCAUUAAAAUGA